CGAUUGAACAUUCGGCAUUGACGGUAAGCGGCCGAGGGCUGAAAGCAAGGGAUGACUUUCCCGACGAGGCACACGGUUUAGGAAUGACAGCGGGCUUCCCCCUGAGUUCUUUAUCGGCGGCGCUCAGGCAGGGGCCGCCCGGCUCCCCACGGGAGCGGCGGCGAGCGCAGGGAGCUGCGAGCUUCCAAGUGUCACUCCCCCACCGAGGCUCUCCCGCCGCCGCCGUGCUGAGCCCUGCCUGCCUCUUCCACUUCCUGCUGCGGAGCCAGUUCUGCCGCUCACCUGGGAGAGGCAGGGAGGCUGUCGUAAAAGGAGGGGAAAGCCGCCCGGCCGGCUGAGGAAGGAGCCCCGGGCGCGGCGGGGAGCGCAGGAGGCGCGCAGCCCUCUCGCUCUCCUCGGGCAGCCCAGCGCGAACCUCCCUCGGCCGCAAGCUUGCUGAAAAAUUCUGGCCUUGCAGUAAGGGAGCUGACUCACUUCCGGUUCAACGAAAAAGUUUGGAAAUGGCCUUUGUGUCAGGUACUUUUGUGGGUCAAAGCAUACCAGUUGAAGUGGAUGAAUCCAUGCCAUGGUCCCAGUUACCUGAACAUGUCUUGGAAAACGUUUUGCAGCCUUCUGGAGAGGAUAUGGAGGAUGAGGAGGCCCAGAGCCCACGUGUUGCUCGAACACCUCGGGCCAAUCCAUCUUGCCUUUGCAGAGCACCAGCAUGUCAUCAUUCAGCACUGUCCGUGGAGCCUGACAGCAGCUUGUGGUCAAAGUAUACUGAUCCUGAUGGAGGUGGACACUCCUGUUCCCCUGGUGAAUCAAUAUCAGGAGUAUUUCCCUUGAAGACACAUUCUAUAGUUAUGGACAAACCAGGCAUGCAGCCAAGAUCACAGCUUUCAGCUGACACCAGGCACAACUCCAAUAAAUCAGAGCAGAUCUUGUCUGAUGUUCCUGAGGACUCACUGGAGGAGAACAGCCAAGGGAGUUCACAGCCACAGCAACCCUCAGGAAACAGACUCCUGGCAGAGCCGGGGACUGUCGAUACAGGGUACAACUCCCAAUCACAAGACAUCAUGGGCAUCAGGCAUCUGGAGCCCCCCUUACCACUGGUGUCUGUGCUGAACCCCCAGGACCUCCCAGGACCACUGAUCUCCAGAGAGUUUUUGGGACCUGAGCAUCAGCAGUGCCCUCUGUGCCAGCACUUGCCCCAUCCCAACACCCCCUCACAAGCGCACGGCUGCUUCAGGCACCGCUGCCCGGCACAGCAGCACCCCCAAGGCCCAUAUGGCAGAGCUCCUUACCAACAUUUUGCAGAGCCAUCGCAACCACUUCCUCCUGUUCCUGGACCUUGCAUGAGAGUUAUCCGCCCGGCCCAGCAAGUCAUCCCAAAUUACUCAAACCUUCGUGCUCCCAGAGGCACUGGAGAUCGACCACCCCAGAGGACGUGCUCCUCCCCUGGUCCUCCUCGAUUCCCAAACCAGCUAUACAACCAGCUACCUAAUGGUCAGCUGCCCCCCAAGGCGUGUGGCCUGGAUGAAGCAUGCAGUUGUCCUUCUGACAAUUUUCAAUCUCCAGCUGCUGUCCCGAGACCUCUCAGUAACCCUGCAGUCAGGGGAACUCUGAGAACCAGCAAUCUGCCGGAGGAGUUGCGCAAAGUCUUUAUAACCUACUCGGUGGAUACGGCAGUGGAGGUUAUGAAAUUUGUGAACUUCCUGUCUGUAAAUGGAUUUCAAACUGCUAUUGAUAUCUUUGAGGACACGGUACGAGGUAUUGACAUCAUUAAGUGGAUGGAGCGCUACCUAGGUGAUAAGACAGUGAUGAUAAUCAUAGCAAUCAGUCCAAAAUACAAACAGGAUGUGGAAGGGGCUGAAUCCCAGCUGGACAGGGAUGAACACGGCUUACAUACUAAAUACAUCCACAGGAUGAUGCAGAUCGAGUUUAUACAGCAGGGAAGUAUGAACUUCAGAUUCAUCCCUGUGCUUUUUCCAAAUGCCAAAAAGGAACAUGUGCCUACCUGGCUGCAGAACACUCACAUUUAUAACUGGCCAAAGAAUAAGAAGAACAUUCUUUUGCGGUUACUGCGUGAGGAGGAAUACAUUGCUCCUCCAAUAGGACCUUUACCAACACUCCAGGUUGUGCCGCUAUGAACAUUAUAACUUAAAGCACAUGACGAGUGGUUGUUAAAGGGUUGUUCCUGGCAGGGAGCCAGCACUCUUCCAGAUGGCUCUUUUUGAUGACAGAAGACACUCUUUCUGCUAAAGGAGUUGGUUGUCUUGGGUUACUCAGGCUCAGCUUGUUCUCUACCAUGUUAAACAUCUAUUUCCAAAGCUGAUGGGACAGAACUCUCUUCUCUAGCUUUUCAAAUAAGCUACAAAUGGAAAGAAUGCCCACUUUUAUUUUAACAUCUGGUUUUAACAUAUUCCUUUUAUUAGUUAUUAUAGCAAACAAAUGCCAGAAAUAAUGUUGCAGUAAGUAUAAUAUAAAAAUUACAUCCUCCUUUUUGCUCAGGGUUUCCUUAAAGAUAUUCCUGCUUUGUAUAGCGUUAUUGAACCAUUAAUUUGUAUAUACACUAUUAAAUAUAUUUGCCUUUUGUAAGGCAAUCUUAUAUACCGUGUCCACUUUUAUUAUUGCUGGGGACAACAGAGAAAUGGGUUGGAUAAGGCAGAUUUUCCUUAGCCAUGCAUAAAGAGACUUGUCUUCAAUUAGAGGACUAUCAGAUCUGAAAUCUCUGGAGUUCCCUUUCCUUACAGCUUGGUCCCUCACACCUCCAGCAUG